GCCAAUAAUAGUCACAUUCUAGUGAUAACUCAUUAUUCAUCUUCCCAUUUAUCAACAUACCUUUCGCACAAUCUUCAUUCUUUACACCUGCUUACAAAUUCAAGUAUCUAGGGUUUCAGAUUCUUCCAUCACUGAUGGAAACAGCAACUGCUAUCCAAUCUCCAUUCGGUACCUGCAUCAGACCGUCGAAUAAAACCGGUUCAGGACGCUAUCACAAUCGUUCUAUCGCGUUUGCUACUGUUUUGAAUAAGCAGGGAUUCCCCUCGUUUUCUCACCCCCGAGUGGGACUCAGAAGUGUAUCUUUUCAAAGUCAAAAGAAGCGAAGUGUAAUCAGAGCUUCAUCAUCUUUCGAUUCUACUGGACCCUCUGCCCCAAUCGCGCCACUCCAACUCGAGUCUCCAAUCGGCCAGUUCCUUUCACAGAUCCUAAUUAGCCACCCGCAUCUGGUACCUGCAGCAGUUGAUCAGCAGCUUGAGCAGCUUCAAACCGAUCGUGAUGCCGAGAAGCAAAAUGAAGAACCUUCUGCUGCAAGCACCGAUCUUGUUUUGUACAAGAGGAUAGCUGAGGUGAAAGCUAAUGAAAGGAAGAAGGCGCUCGAGGAGAUUUUAUACGCGUUGUUGGUGCAGAAAUUCAUGGAUGCAAAUAUUUCGUUAAUCCCAUCUGUAACACGCUCACCCCCCACAUGGCCUCACGAAGACGACAAGCUUGAGCUUCUCCAUUCUCCGGAAGCUCUAGAAAUGAUUCAAAGUCACUUGGCCCUGAUACUCGGAAACCGUGUCGGUGAUUCAACAUCCGUCGCUGAGAUUAGCAAACUCCGAGUCGGGCAGGUUUACGCAGCUUCCGUGAUGUACGGUUACUUCGUCAAACGAGUCGACCAACGGUUCCAGCUUGAGAAAACUACAAGGAUCCUUCCGGAAGGUCUGGACAGAGAAAACGAUAACAUCCAACUGCAAGCCGCAGGAGACGAGCGGGUCCCGCAAACUCAUCCCGAAGUCACUUCAUGGGCUGAACUCCCCAACUCCGGGCCGGCUUUGAAAUCUUCUCGGUUGAGGAACUAUGUGAUGUCGUUUGACGGUGAGUCACUUCAACGAUACGCUACAAUUAGAUCUAAAGAAGCGGUUAGUAUCAUUGAGAAGCAUACCGAAGCUUUGUUUGGUAGGCCCGAGAUUGUGAUUACGCCCGAAGGAAGGGUUGAUUCAUCUAAAGAUGAGGUUAUUAAGAUCAGCUUCGGUGGGUUGAGGAGACUUGUGUUGGAGGCUGUUACAUUUGGUUCCUUUUUGUGGGAUGUUGAGAGCUAUGUGGAUUCGAGGUACCAUUUUGUCGCUAGUUAAUGUUCUCAAAGUUGCGUCAAGGAUGUCGCAUAACUAAACAUACUCGAUACUAAGUGGUCCCAUAAGUUACCAUUCGUUGCGACAUUAAGUAGAUUGUAUAUACUACCCAUGUUUGUUUGUUUUUUCAAAUUCAGAUUUAGCAUCAUAUGGUUUGUUUGGAAUUUAUGUUGAGAUGCUGAUCACCCGGGUGUUUAAACGCUUUUUCAAGUGACAUGUUUGGAAUCAAACGCGUAACUAAAACUCGUCGUGAAA